AUGCCUCCCCGAAAGCGAGUCGCGGGUCGGUCCCGCCAAAUCAGAGCAGCCAAAAUUCAUCAUCACCAGGCCGAGCUUUCAUCGGAGGAGAGUAAUGAAACUGGCCAGAGUGAUGCCGAGGAAUGGUUUAAUCAAGCCAACCAAAAUCCGACAGCUACUUUCGACAGCAGUGCCAUGAAUGGUGAGUACCUAAGCAGUAGCUUAAUAGGUCACAUAUCAAAGUACUCAAACACAGUUGAUUCGCCAUUCUUUCAAAAAGAAUCCGACUCAUCCAACGAAGAUAAGACCUUUCAUUUUCAAUCUUCCCCGCCUCGAAGUCAGUCUAAAGCUCGUAGUAGCAGCGCCGAUGACUACCGAAGCGUUAUCGAUGAUCUCACCAUGGAGAUCCAGAAGUUGAAGGAAGAUUUGAAGCGCUAUAAGCAGCGCGGUCCUGAUGUUCUUCGAAAAGAUAAGCUCUUUGAAAUCAAGAUACACGGACUGCCGAAGAUGGAAAAACGCGAACUAGAGGCGACGCUUCGAGAAUUUAUAACAACUUUGGGAGACUCGCCCGAUACAUCCUCGUUGCAGCGGAACAAGAAAUCUUCGAGGCAUGCCAGUCGCGCUCGGAUGUACUCUGGUACAGGAUCCAAAUCACAAUCGAAGCAUGCGUCGCUACCAUCUGGAUCUCAUACUCAACCGAUCGAUUCAGCCUACGCGUCCAUGUCGACUGGAGCUUGCUCCUCGGGAACCUCGUUGAACAGACCUCAGGGAGGCUCGCAGUUCAAGUCGAAUGAACAGAAAGUAGAGAACUACUUACGCAACAUCCCAGAGGGGCUGUAUCCCCGUCUUAUCUCCAUGACAAACAAACAAAAGAAGAAGUUGGUGGUUCGGCGUCUUGAGCGAAUAUUCACAGGGAAGAUUGGUAGCAGGUAUGGCCGUCGAAGUCAGCUCUGUCAACCACCUGCUGUGUCCACCGCACCAUCAGCACAGGCGACGGCGGUAGAUCCUUCCCCCGAGCGGCCUAUGGUGCAGGAACCAAAGCCAAACGUGAAUGCCAAUCCCAGUGCUAACCUCAAUCCUGCACCUGAAACUAUGCGCGAAGCCCGAACUCUUUUACAGGAACACCAAUCUAGACAUACGGGAAAGAACAACAAUUCGCAGGACAUGGGCUCGGCUUCUAAUUCUAAUGAAGAUCAGAUCGAGCCAGAGGGCAACGGCAACGGAAGUGGUAGUGGCAAUGGUUCAAGGAGAAAUCCGUCCCUACGUAUGCCACCGCCUCCAGAGCAGCGACCUACGAGGCCCAGAGAUCUCGACCCCGAUCGCGCCCAAAUACCAUCCGAGAAUAUGGAGUACAUAAGACGUUUAGUUCUUGUUCCUCCGGAGUCAACAGCCACACCACUAGAACGACCAAACGAUGACGUGCACCCUGAUGAAGUAGGAUGGGUGUAUUUGAAUCUCCUUUGCAACAUCGCGCAACUACAUAUAAUGAAUGUGACGCCGGAUUUUGUGCGCAAUGCCGUUGUUGACCUGAGCGCAAAAUUCCAACUAUCACCAGACGGUCGAAAAAUAAGAUGGCGCGGAGGUAGAGACGGUACCAAGUCCAGUAGUGAUAGCUCAGGCGACCUUUCACAAUGGAGCCCAGAAACGGAUGACACGGAAAACACCAAAGGAGACCACCAUAAGAGAAAAAAGACGGGUCGCUCAGACUAUAACCCUUCCAAACCUGGACCACAAGUUUCGGCAUCGUCCGAGAACUUCCACUACAAGCCUCUGUUCCAUCAUCAGAAGUCGCCUAACGAACAAUCAUCGAAGAAAGAGAGCACGCUGUCGUUUUUCGGUUCCACCGAGGAAAGCAAUACAGACUCAUGUGGCCAGAGCGGCUCUGGUGCAUCCAAUCGUCGUAAACACCGUCGCAACGGUACUAUCAUUUACUAUAGCGGUGCCCCGUUUUGUACCGACUUAUCGGGAGACCCAGGGGAUAUCUCGCCAACGACGUACACGCUAUCAGGCGAUAGGGAACGGUUGGUCCCCCAAAUGCAGUUCGUCCGCCCGAUGCCUUUCCGACCGGGAUCAUGGUCUUCCAUGAAUAGGCGACCAUUAAGCGACACUAAUCUUGACCUUGGCUCCAUGUCCAAAAAGGAUGUCAACGACGGGGCCGGCAUGCCGGAGCUCGUGACCGAGUCGGGCGAUGAAUCCAGCGAAUUCAGCAUGGAAUUCCCCUGGAGUGAUGCACAGCAAAUACUUGAAGUUCAUCCUCUUGAAUCAUGUGGUCUAGGUGGUGUGCUACCUGAGGAUCACUUCAUGGUGAUGGUUACGACUAGGCGAUCGAAGAUUGAUGCAUAUGUCAAUCAGAGGAGCGGGGGUCAGCAUAAGUUGCGCAAAGAGACGACGGACAACAUCACCAAUGGGUUGGCCACUAUGUCAACAUCGUCGCCUCGUCCGUCUGUUGAUCGACUGCUGGCGAUGGAUAAUUUGUCGACAAUCAAGAUCGAUUACCUGUCAGGUUGCACCCGGCGCUUGGAACCAGUACCGCUUCCGCCACCUGCCAUAUUCUUUCCACCUCUUAGUGCAGAUUCAUGGUCUGAGGACGGGUUCGGAUCUGAUGAUGAUGAGUUUACUCCCUCGGAAGAGUUUUUGGAGCUGAAGAGCAAACCCGCAUCAGUCGGAUACUUAUCCCAACGGAGUAGACUUGAGCAGCGGUGA